UUUUUUUCUUUCACGUGCAAUGCGACACGAGUCUUGUUUUUGUUUGCAAACUAUUUACUUAUGUUUUGCACGUAUAAAAAGAUUCAUAUUUGCAGCAAAUUAGAUGUGGAAAAAUGCCAGGAAAUUCUGUAAAUAAUAAAAAAAUAUCCUGGAAGAUAGUUAAAAACUGUGUCUCGGAUCGUAUGAUAAAUAAUUCUUUAUCUCACGCACUCGAUGACAGGAAAAGUAUAGAAUAUAAUAAAUUGCUUAACAAUGAAUUAGGAAAGUAUUCACGUUUCAAGAAUUAUGCUCAUUAUACGAAAAUUAAAAGUGCUAUUUUGAAGAAAGUAACAGUGAAUAAAGAUGCCGAUUGUGAUGUAAGUUUUACGAGAAAUAAUAGUGAUAAGCCGAUUAGCAAUUCUUCUGAUUUUUCUUCACAUUCUGACGACGAGAAAAAUGAAGACAGUACUCAAAUUGAAAAUUCAAACACUGAUGGAUAUAUUAAAAAUACUUUGGAAGAUUCGAAUAAGAAUAAUUCAAUUAACACCAAGAGGAAAAGAAUUUCAGAAAUAUCAAAUUCACCUUUCUCUCGGCGUUCUUCAAUUCGCAGCAAGUCCACAACUCAAAGCAAACUCACAACUUUUCUUAAGAAAAAAGACGUCGAAAAUAAUAAACAAAGUGAAUUGAAAGAAAAAGAAGAAGAAGAAGAAGUGAUAAACUCAAAAGAAAAUUCAACAGUGACAAGGAAUUCCAGCCGAAAGUCUUCGAAAAGUUGUACUGAAAUUUCCCAACCACCGCCGACGAUCACCGCUCAUCAUACAGGCGAGCAAGAAAAUCAAAAAACCAAAACUCUAAAAACUCGAGAAGAUGUAAAGAAAAAUUUAUCAUCAAUCAUAAGUAAUGUCGAGAGGAAAGAUGUGACUGAGGACAAUGACGAUAGAAGCAAUUUUAACGAGAGUCACUUCGAUUCGGAAUUAAAUCUCUCAAAUGUGUUGGCAGUGGCGCAAAGUACACAGUAUCCAGUCGACAUUUCCUAUGAAAGUGCCGAAAACGAUGAUUGUCGCCAAUCGAAAGAUUCUGGCGUUUCUAACGCAAACAGUGUUUGCAAUGGUUCCAGUAAUGAAGCACUCUCUGAAAAAAAUAAAGAUCCAUAUUCGAGUGAAAAUGAAACAUUGAAAUACAGUGAUAUUGAACAAAAUUCUAACAAAAGAAAAGCGAAACCGGUGAAAAUAACAAAUACUCAAAUUGUUAACAAUAGAGUUAAAAUUGUCGAUAAUCAACAACUUUCUUAUAAUUUUGACAAAAGAGAGUCGAGAAGUUUGGAGAGUAGUGACAGUUCUAGCAAGAGAAAUUCAUUGACAAUUUGCUUCACAGAAAAUCCAGUUAAUGAAGAAAAUUCUGAUAGAAAUGAAACGUUACGGGAAAAAUCGCCGAAAGGAAAAAAAGAGUUCGAGGAGGUCGAAGAAAUCGAAGAAAUCGAAGAGAAGCAAAAGAGUUCAAAGUCGGUGAACAAAGAUAGUGAAAAGGUCCUAGAAGACGAGAAAAUUGAGUCAAAAGAUGUCGUUGGAGAAAGUGAAUCGAAAUUCGACGGAGAAAUAAAUAGUGAACUUGACGUUGAGGAAAUAACAACGGACGGGAAAAAAAACAAUGGACAUAAAAGAGCCAGAAAAAUUGCAAGUAAAAUUGCCAUGGAAGAAGAAAGGGAAAUUAGGGAAGAAAAGAAGAAAGUGAAAGAAUUUGACGCUAGAGAUCAAAAGCUUAGGGAAAAUAUUAGGAAAACUCCAAAAAAAGAAAUGAAAAACCGGAUACAAAGUUCGGCGAAGAAACUCAAUAAAAAUGAAGAUUCUGAACUCAAAAAAGAAGAUUCUGAUGAGAUGAUUGAAAUGACUCAAGUCGAUAAGGAAAAUUUAGAAUUAACGCAAAAAAUUGAUAGGGAAAUUGUAGAAGAUGAAAAUGUCGAUAAAGAUGAAGAAGUUGGUAAAGUUAUGAAUGAAGAUUUCGAUAAAAUUGAAAAUGAAGAUGACGAUAAAAAUGAGGAUGAAGUUGACCAUGAAAUUGAAAAUGAAGAUGACGAUAAAAAUGAGGAUGAAGUUAUCCAUGAAAUUGAGAAUGAAGAUGACGAUAAAAAUGAGGAUGAAGUUGACGAUAACGAUGAGGAUGAAAAUAACGAUGAAGACGAAGAUGAAAAUAAUGACAAAGACGAGGAAGAUGAAGAUGUAAAUGUAGACGUGGAUGACGACGAAAAUGUAAAUGUAGAUGUAAAUAGCGAUGAAAAUGGUGAUAAUAACGUAAUGUCCGAAAAUGAUUUUUCAGAAACGAACGAAAAGCAAAAAUCUGUCGAAAAAAGACAAGAAAAUGCAUUCAGUGAAAAAGGGAGCAAUUCAGAAUCAAGUGACGAAAAUCUAACCACCUCGAGUAUUGCCGACAAGAACGACACCAAAAAACGAAAAUCAGUCGAAAAAUCCCCUGGAAAUUUAAGCGAAGAAAAUGAAAAUUCGACAAGUCCUUCUCAAUUUACAGACAAAAAUAAAAUGUCCGAAGAAGCUACGAGUAGUGACGAGGAUAAGAAAGAAUCCGUCUUCGAUCCACAAUCUCAAGAUAUAUUUUGUUCUCAAAGCACAAUCGCUGACGAGAAUCACCAGAGAAAUGUAUUAACACAAUUUAGAGUACGAGAAAAUUCAAUUUCCGACGACGAGGAGGAAAUGCGACUAACUCUUGAAACCGAACUACAAAAUGAUGUCAGAUUCGUGAAUUUAGACGACAAUAAAAUAACAAUUGACGAACAUAAAAUAACAAUUCCCGAGGAAUAUUCCGAAGACACCGAAAUGAUGUCCGCUCAAUCACUGGAAACCGUCAAUCAAAAAAAGCGAUUAGAUUUAUUCCAUUCUAAUGAAACAAGCUCUUCCGACGAGGAGGAGAAAAAAACACCUAUUAAAUUGAAAUCUCCCGAUUCGGACAGCGAGAGAGAAAAGAAAAAAUCUAAAAAGAAAAAAAAGAGGAAUGAAAAAUCCCCCAUGAAAGAAAAAUUGGACGAUUCGAUAAAAUCUGAAAGUGAUAAUCAUGAAGAACGGACUAAAAAGAAGAAGAAAAAGAAUAAAUCGACAGAAAUUGAAAAUAUUCAAAAAGAUGACAAUUUAGAGGUGAAAACGAAGAAGAAGAAAAAUAAAUCGACAGAUAUUGAAAAUAUUCAAGAGGUUGAAGACAAUUUAGAGGAGAAAACGAAGAAGAAAAAGAAUAAAUCGACAGAUAUUGAAAAUAUUCAAGAGGUUGAAGACAAUUUAGAGGAGAAAACGAAGAAGAAGAAGAAUAAAUCGACAGAAAUUGAAAAUAUUCAAGAGGUUGAAGACAAUUUAGAGGAGAAAACGAAAAAGAAAAAAAAGAAGAAGGAAAAAGAAAAGGAAAAGGAAACAGAGAACAUUUCCAAGGAUAAUUCGAAUCAAAAUAUAAUUCACGAUUCAACGGAAGAAGAGAAACGAGAAGAAAUUGUCGACAAGACGACAGAAUCAAAAUCAAAGAAGAAGGAAAAGAAAAAUUCGAAAUCGGAAAAUUCUGGUAAUAAUUCUGAAGAAUGUGCCGCAAAUCUUCAAGAGGAGAAUGAAAAAAAUGUCGAGGAGAAAAAUUCUCGUGACAACAACAACGACGAAAUUGAUACUGAUUUUGAAGCUUACUUAAAUCAAGGAAUUUCGUUUCUAAAACAUAUUGAUGAAAAAACCACGCCUGUGAAGAAGAAGAAGAAAUCGAAAAAAGAGAAAAAUGAAAUGCAAGAAGAGUCGAAAGAUGUUGAGAGUGGAGAAAUUUGUGAAAAUAAUAAUAAAACGCUGGGACAAAAUGAUUCGGACAAAAUUCUUUCUGAAGCAAAUACUCAAAUCCCGGUGGCGAAUGAUAGCAGAAAAUCGAACAAAACAAAAGACGAGAAUCUCAACUAUGCUCUUUCGAGUUUGAAAAAGAGAAAUUAUCAACAUUUAGAAAAUAUUGAUGAAGGAGUUAAGAAUCAAUCAGUCGAUAAAAGUGGGGUCGAAGAAAACAAACUCAUAACGCAGUUGGAUGACCUAAUUGAAAUGGAAGACUUAGUUGAAUGUGAUUUACCUUCGCUUCUUACUGUAAACGAUAUUUCGGAAAAUUCUGAAGUUUGGGUUUUCGAAAUUCCAAAGAAGGAAGUGUCGAUUGAUUGGAUAGGCAAAAAAUUAUGUUUAAAUGGAUCCGAAUUAAAAAUAGGCAAAAAUAAUUAUCAAGUAACUGCUAAAAAAUUAGACACUAUGACUUGUAUUUUAAAUUCCAACAAAACCAAGACACCAUAUAAAGCAGUUCAUUUUCGACCAAUUUGUUCAAUUUACGUGCGAUCGAAAAAUUCUGCAAAUAUUUCAAACGAGAUGGAUAACGAAUCAGCGAAAGAAAAUUCAGAACCAGCGAAAAAAACGGAAGUUAUUAAAGAAACGAAGAAAAAGUGUUCUGCAGCAGAUAAUAAACCUAAAAGUAUGAAAAAUAACACUUCUCACAACGAUGAAAAAACUUUAAAAUCGGGACAAAAAAGAAAACACAGUUCUUCAACAUCUGAAGAUAAUAAAGAAGAUUCAAAACUGUGUAUUAAGCGAAAGAAAUUUAUGGACAUUAGUGAAUUUCUCCUCGAUGAAAAACCGCCUGUUAUGCCACCGAAAGUUUCGAAUAAUAACAAUCAAAUUUAUACCACAGAUGACUCAGACGUUGAAAUUACCGAUGGCGAGACAAAAAUGAAAAAGGAAAAACUCGAGACUCAAAGAAAAACUCCUCUUCUUAUUACAAAAAAGAAAAUGAAAAAUUCCCCCAAAAAAGAGAAUGACGAGGAAACCUUUAAAUCUCCCCUAAAAAAAGAAAAAAGUAAUAUUUUAAAACUUGCGACAGAAAAAAAUAAGAGUAAGAAAAAAGUCGAUAUGAAAAUUAAAAAGAAAAAUCAGGAAGAAGAUUUAAAUGUAAGUAAAAAUUCUUUUAAUUGGAGUGUUGAAAAUAUAUCCGACCUGGAAGAUGAAGAAGACAAGACGGAAAUUUCUAAAAAAUUGAAAAAAAAGAAAAGGGAAGAUGGAAAAAAGUUGAAAAAUACUUUGCAAGAAUUUCAACCAAGUAAACACAAAGAAAUUGUUACGACAGACACAUCUGAUAUUGACGUCAAGGAUAAAGAAAAAAUGAAGAAAAAAUUGAAGAAAAAACGACGAUUGUCAGAGAGUUUAAAUACAACAGAGAAUUUUUCCGACGAGGAUAUUAAACCCAAAGAAGAAAAGUCGAAGAAAAAUGCAAAAAAAUUAGUUUCCUUUGAUCACUGAAUGUUGAUCAUAAAAAAAAUACUAUAAUAUGUUGAUUAUCUCAAAACUAU